AUGCCUCCACCUCCCAGCACAGUUAGCCACGGUGCCCACGGCCCUUCCAACCUCGACAAGUGGCUCUCAACAGUGAAGAUGGGUGCCAUGAUGGGCGGAACUGUUGGUGCCAUUAUGGGCUUUGUUUUCGGUAUGCGACAUACCCGACCUUCUCCACCCAAGACUCAGUCAUUAACAAAGGGAUUCUACACAGGAACCGUCAACAUCUUCAGAUACGGCGCUGGCCCGAACGGAAUCAUGCGAACACUAGGACAAUACAUGGCUGGUUCAGGAGCAACAUUUGGCUUCUUCAUGGGUAUUGGCAGUGUGAUCAGGACCGAUGCAUCGCCAAUGGCAAACCAGGCCUUCCUGCGGGCACAAAGACGACCAUAUGUAAUGGCCGCGCCGCAGCAGAGCUUCCGCCCGAGAGGCUGCUAG